CUGGCUCUGUGUGGAAAACGACCGCCACCGUGGAAGAAACCAGCAGCACAUGGCACCAGGCCUACACAAACUCGGGCUACAGCCCUGCGCUAGCAUCACCCGAACACUUGUGCAGGGCCUGUGGAGGCCACGUCGACGCAGCCAGCAGGAAUGUGUGUGUCGACUGCAAGAAGCAGUUCUGCGGCCGAUGCUGGGUGCAGCCCGAGCUCGGACCAGCGCUGUGCCAGACCUGUCGGCGCUUCGUCGGGACACGGUUCGAGCGCAGCCAGCUGAUGGGGCUGAAGGUGAAGGAGCUGCGUGAGUACCUGCACCUGCAUGACGUUCCCACUCACAUGUGUCGUGAGAAGGAAGAGCUCGUGGAACUCGUGCUGGACCAAAAGACACCGAGCAGCAGCAGAAACAGUAGCAGCGGUAGCAGCUGUAGUAACGGCUGCGGCAACUCUGUCCCUCAGCCAGCCGCAUCAGACGCCUCGCAGUCCGAUACGCCUCCAUCACAGGCAGCCGAGGAGCCGGAGCCUCUCACAGAGGAGGAGGAGGAGGAUGAGGACGAGGAGGAGGAUGGAGGUGAAGAAGAGGAUGAGGACGAUGACGAAGAUGAGUCGACAGACAGCGAGGAGACGCUGGUGCACAGUCGCAGGGCUUCUCUGUCUGAUCUGAGCAGCGUUGACGACAUUGAGGGUCUUACCGUGCGACAGCUGAAGGAAAUCCUGGCGCGCAACUUUGUCAACUACCAGGGCUGCUGCGAGAAGUGGGAGCUGAUGGAGAGAGUUACACGUUUGUUUAACGACCAGAAAGACCUCCACAACCUGGUUUCAAACACUAAAAACGAAUCAGGCACAGUAGCGGAACCGGCAGAGCCGAGCGGCCAGGAGGAGAACCUCUGCAAGAUCUGCAUGGACUCGCCCAUCGACUGUGUGCUGCUGGAAUGCGGCCACAUGGUGACCUGUAGCAAGUGCGGCAAGCGCAUGAGCGAGUGUCCCAUCUGCAGACAGUACGUGGUGCGCGCCGUGCACGUCUUCAGAUCCUGAUGGAGCACCACGAAGAGCCAGAGUACCUGGAGCGCAGUCCUUUAAUAUCCACACACAUUCCACGUACCGUUCCUGUAUGGAGGUCCUGCGAGACGCGAGGCUCAGUCACAGCUUCGUUAUUGAUUUCUCUGAGACUUUUCUUUCUUUGUAUCCUUUUCCACAAUCUGCUAUGGUGGUUGACUGUGAAUGGACACUUUUGAUGGCUAGCUAGCUUUCUAGCUAAUUUCAGAAACUGAUCAUACAAUAACAUAUCAUAAAAUCUAUCAAGCUAGGUAAGAACAAGCAAGCUCACCUUAUCUAGCAACAUUACGUCUGCUGUUGUAGUCUGUACGGUUAGUUAGUUAUAAUAGCAAAGCAUUGCUAGGGUUAGGGUUUGUCUUUUUCGGCUCCGGGAAGGAAAGAGAGCCUUAGGCGAUUUGCAUAGUCACCAUCUAAGCUGCUUUCCAGCAUGUGUACACGGUGAGUGUGUUGUUAUAGUAUUUUUUGUUUGUUUGUUUUCUCAUCACUGCACAUUCUUAUGCCUUUUUUGUCUUAUGUCUUUAUCGCACAUGGGCGUUGCUUGUAAAAACGGAAAUUUAUACCACAGCAUUGAAGAAUUCUCGACUCUGAUUGGUCAGAAGGUGAUCUAGGAAUAAUAACAACCUGGCAAUGUGUAAUUUAAGAAUAAUAACUAUCCAGCAAAGAAAAAAACGUGACUGUUGAGAUUUUUCAGGGUAUUUUGCGUUUAUGGAAGGAGUCUCCAGUUUUAGUAGAUUUUUCCAUGUCAUCUUCAGAAUGGAGGACUUUUUUCUCCAUUUAAAGCUGCGUUUCUUUCUUACUUAUAUACUUCAAGGAAAGGAAACAAGAAACGGGUGAGGGAAUACACCCUUUAUAGCUGCUAUAUAAAGCGAUAAUCUUGCGGAUGUGUUAUUGCUGUGGUAUAAGAGAAAUUACAUACUCUGUUUAUUAAUUUCUGUAACAGCACACCUCCAAGUGUUUUAUUCCUUACUUUGGUUAUGGUUCAUUGUGAUAACUGCAUGUUUUUUCAUGCCAUUAAUAGAUGACUUUGUUUAAUACACUGUGUUUUCAGAGCUUGGGAGUGUUUUGGACCGCUAUAGUGGGGAGAAAAAGUUUUCAGCUCGUGUGUAGGCUGCAUGUGCAUGUCUAUAAUCAGGUGCUACAUUUACUUCUUUGCUUUAGAAAUCCAAGCCCAUGGGCCUUAUAUGUGGAGUUGUUUUUUUAUGUCACAAUUCGUCAUACAUAAGUGGCACAAUGGCUAAUAUAAAUAUAAGCUUUGGAUUCACAGUUACUCUAAAACAGACAUGAAGGUCAGUAGAUAAAUCAAAUAUAAUACUGGGUCCUUAAAUUGCAUUUAGGAACUAAUUUGUGUCUUUACAAUAUUCAUGUAGCAAUAAUAAAUCCCAAUUUGGGUACUCACAAUUUUUUUUUACCAUUCUCAUAAAUCACUUGUUACUUUGGUUCAGAAAAUUCCAUUAAAUGUGUUAAUAAAUCCAUAAAAUGUGAUAGAAGGAAGCAUGCACACAACAUAACCAAAAAAGGUGAAUCACAGUUUCGCAAUUGCAUCCAUGUAUGGGAACUUUUGACGAGAAAACAACUCUACAUCUCUCUUUUUUUUAACUUUUUUUUAUUUUCUGUACACUAAAUCUCCUCGAUGCAUUUGCUAGACGUUCACAGUGUGGCGAAGGUACAACUUUACAACUUCGUCACCUCAUCUUAUUUCUUAUGCACAGUAGACCGUUGUGCUGAGCUGGUGGUUUCUGGAUGGUUCCAUGGUCUUCCUUCAGAUGCGUGCAGCUGUAACACUAGCCUUGGUCUGUGUUUAGUCACAUGGUGCUCUUAUUACUGCCCACGCGUCCACUUAGUGCUCCACACCGGAGAGCUUUUUAACACGCUCGUAGAUACGUUAACACAGGGGUUCUCAAUCUCCAAACCAGGGACCACUUUAGAUGGAAAAUCUAAUUCCAAAAAAAAAAAAAAAAAGAUAAAUAAAAGAAAUUCUAUGACCUGCUUCAGUACAGGUUUAUUUAUAUCCGUGUUUUUAUUUAAAUCUUCACGUCUCCUUGUUUAAACAUUUUGGCUGUUUAUUGGAAAUGUAGGGCUUUUUAUUCCUAAACAAACAAAAAACAUUUUUAAUUAAAAGUGUUUUGAAGGAUUAUUCGCAGGUUCCCCUGUCUAUGCUUUACAAACCCCCUAGAGGUCCCUAGAUCCCACUUUGGGAACCCUGGUGUAACACCGAUGCAACAUCUGAGACUCCAGUAAAAUGUAUUUAUAGCUAUAAUUGUAAAUAAGCUUUUUCCUUACCUUCUGACUUUUCAGUUAAUCAAUUACUACACAACAUUUUCAUUAGGUA